AUGUGCGGAAUUCUUCGUCUCAACUGGGUCUGCGAGAAUCAGAGCUGCCGCCGCCUCAUCGAGUCGGUCGUGUUGUACAUGGUCUGUGACGAGGCUAUCGAGAUCCGCAAGUGCCCGCACCUUUAUCCCAACAAGGUGGCUGGCAUGGACAUCAACAAAUGCAACCUCACGCCUCACGGCCUGUGUGGCACAGACAACCACUCCUACGGCACUCACUGGAUCCACGAGACUCAGUGCCGAAUCUGCAUCGAGCAGGCGGCUCAGGACAACAAUGCGCGCCUGAAGCUCGAGCGGGAGUCGAUCAAGAAACGCCUGGAGCUCGCCCAUCCUGCUCGCCACUAUCUGGCCAGCAUGUACAGCAACCACCCCCUCGACCCUCUCUGCCUCAUGCCCGUCUAUGACAGCACUUGGAAGCCUGGCAAUCGCUGGGCUCCUCGGGAUUGA